AUGGCGCAAACACCACAGCAACGUCAGGCAAACAUGCGUUUCGCCAAGGCGCAAGAGAAGAAGAUGGGCCAACCCGUGUCAACAGAGCCUGUAGUGAAGAAGCGGGCACCACAGAAGAGCCCUAUCAGCAGGUUCUGGAUCAUCGUUCUUGCUUUCAUACUAGUCGGCGGUCUUCUUUUCGAGGUCCUCAAGCUCUUCUUUUAA